CAAUUUGUGGGACUCACAAAUUGCGCGUUCUCAAAUCGCCCUUGUGCUACUAGAGCCCAAGACACGAGUGCCGCGCUCAUAGAGCACUAGCCUUUCCGUAGCUGAUGUACAUUCUCUGUCCCCGCUUUUGUACUUGUUCACAUUGUUCGCUUCCGUCUACUUCGCUGCACGGCACUUCCCCGCUCUACUUCCCAGAAACGAGUCACAAUUAGCAACUGUUUUGGCCUCGAUAGCCUGUGACGACGCCAAAAAAAAAAAAAAAGCACGGAAAGGGUGACGUCAGCGAAAUCUUCCAAAAUGGCUGAGCAGACCCAACUUUUGCCUAGGAUGAUCGAGGAGGUGGAGGAGGUGUCGAUAUUGGUAGAGUCACGAAAUGGCGACAACGCUGCGAGACAACCGGCAACAGCUGACGGAAUCGUCGAGUCGAUAACCGACGUCGCAGGGAGGCCGCAAGGCGAAAGCGACGGCGCGGCCGACAGCGACGACGAAACCGCAUGCGAACGGGGAUUCGCCGGCGACCGGCAGAGUUCAUUACAAGAUACUACCAGCAAACCGUCAGAUGACACGUCAGCAGACGGUGACAUUGGGCGGAAUGGGCUGUUGUACGACACCAACAGCUCAAUGCCGAUGCUUUGCGACCCAGACAACAAAGUCGCAGGCGAAGCCAGCGACGACGGUGGCGACGACGACAGCAAUUCGCGUAAACAGUUCGCGAGCUCUCUUUCAGGAAUAAGCGCCGCGAGCGGCGGAAGCGGAAGUGGAAGCGGGAGCGGGCGCGGCGAGGACACGGACGGGAAAGGGAAAGACAUCGAGGCGCCAAUCCGCGUGCGACGCGGGGACUUCGACAUCAAUCACGAGAACCACUACGUGAUCGUGAUUCACGGGACGUUCGACGCGCCGCCGGCGGACGGCGCGCCGACGUGGUACCAGCCGCCGGCGCCCGGCGAGCAGAACUUCUGCCGCAAGCUGAGCCGGCUGCUGGCGGGGGGACCCAUCGGGGAGGACGCCAUCUGGCGCGAGCUGCCGUGCUCCGCGCUCCCGGGAAUACCGUAUCCGUUCCACUGGGACGGCACCAACACGCACGCCGGCCGCGUCACGGCCGCCAUGAAGCUGCACAAUCUAAUCGACCAAAUCGCUCAAAACGACCCCGCAGCUCGGAUCCACUUAGUGGCGCAUUCUCACGGUGGCAAUGUCAUGCUCAAGACAGUAGAACUGUACAUGGCGAAGCUGGGCCGGCGGCAGAAGGACGAGUGGCACCCGGCGGUGGCUGAGCGGUUCUGGGUGGCGCACCGGCGGAGCUACGAUCUGAUCAAGAAGUGGCGGAAAAUCGACUUGCGCGGGUCGUGGUGGCGCUUCUUCCCCUUCCUUGUUGUGUUCCGAGGCUUCAACGGCCAGAAGGCAGUGAAGGUGAAAGAGCAGUACCCCUGGGCGUACCACCAGGGGCUGGACUCGUUUCUGAGGCUGCCAGCAGUGCGGCAGCGGCGCUUCCUGGCCUUCCGCCACGCCACCUCGCCCAUCACCAACGCCCUCGGCGCCCUCGUGUUCCUUGGCACGCCCUUCUACAUCAAGAAGUGGCAGAAGAAUGGGCUGCUGUGGUUCGCGGUGUCAACGAUGAUGUCCGUGGUCAUCAUGUACAUCUUCAUCAUCGCCUACACGUCCUUCUGGCAGAUCAUCGUGCUACUGAUCGCUGGCAGACCAGAGGAUUUUUACUCCCGCUCUGGUCCUCACUUCUUCAUCGCAACGGGCAUCAUGCUGCUCGUACUUGUGAAGCAGAUCAUGGAUGCUGUGGGAAACACGGUGUUCUACAGUGGCAAUCUCUACCACAACCCGGCCUUUGAUUGGUCACCUGCCAUGUCGGCUCUCGUCAUUCAUGCGGGCAAGCUAGACGAGGCCAGUCUCGCCCUUUCCAUGGAGCCAAUCACGCGUGCCUACGUCUUCCCCCACCUGACAAAACUCCUGAAGCAGACCCCCUGGGCGCCCUUCCCCAAGGCCCCCACGCGCUACGCCCGCCAGGUGGACUGGUGGGCGUAUCUGUUCAACUGCACCAUCAUCCUCGUGUGGGACACACUCUUUUUUCUACCCGCUGCCAUCAUGUCCGUGUUGUCACACAUCGUCGCGCCGAUCGUCACCGGAACGAUCCAGAAGAUGGUUGUUACGAUCAGCUUCGGGCUGUCGCCGGGGGAUCUGAACAACGCGUACAUCUAUGUGGACGAGCAGUUGGAUUUGGACCUCGCCUCGCAGCAAGUUGACCAAUGGAACGUUCAGAAACUGUUGGCUGAAGCCAAGACCAAGUCGCUCAAGGGCGAGCUGAUGCCCGGCUAUGAGGACGACACCGUAGAGAAGCCUGAGUGGAUGGAGCCCGUUCAUCCCCACCCCCACCCCGCGCGCUCCCCCCUUGGCUCCCCCCGUGGCACUCCCGGCACACCGAACGAGGAAGGCGAAACAGCCACCGCAGAAGCAGCAGAGUCAAGUGCUGCUGCGUUCAGUCGCACGGGGAGCGCGCUGCGGAAGCGAAGGGGGUUCCGGGAUGUGGUGAUGAGGCACGCAGCAGCAAGUGAGAGCAGCAUGAUGGGGGGCAGAGGGGUGCGCCUGUCGACUCUGGCUGCUGUGGCUGAAGCAGCAGCGGUUGAAGCAGCGGCCGUGAAAGCAGGAGAGGCAGAAAUACCUGCGGCAGGAAAUGAGUGGGAGGGCAAGGAAGCAGGUGCUGUGGAUGCAGCUGCUGAGGCAUUUGAAAAGAAGGGAGUUGCAGGUUCAGAUCAAUCUGGUCCGGUUCCAUGCCGCGUGUCGUUUGAGGGCAAGCUUUCCCGAUCGCUCACAAGUGACGAGAAGGCAUCGCUUGAGAAAGAGGAGGAAGCAGCUUCAGCGAAAGCAGCUGCUGCGGUCGAGAAGGUGGAGGAGGCUUCCGUGGAGGUUCCUGCUGCUGUUAGUUCUGCUGGUGCCACAACUGCUCCUGCCACUGGUGCUGCUACAACUGCUGCUACAACUGGUGCUACCGCUGUGUUUGCCAGUGUAUCUGGUGCUUCUGACACCGCCCCUUCGAGCGCAGGCGUAGCUGCUUCACAGGAGUCAGAGGACCCCCAAGACCAGGAGAGGGAGAAGCUGGUCUACGAUUUUCUGUGGGAUGACAAGGAGCUCUCCCUCCUGGCAGAGCAGUCGCAGACGUUCCAGCGGCUCAAGUCCCAGAUGGCCACCAUCGGGCGCAACCCGCGGCUGAGCGAGCGCGAGUUUGAGCGCCAGCUGCAGCAGCUGUGUGUGAUGAUUGAGGAGCGCAUGGGUGAGCUGACGGGGCGAUUUGACCUCAACCACGGCGCGUACUUCCGCGACCCGCGCAUCCUGCGAGUCAUAGCCCACUUCAUUGAGAAGCGCGAGCUGCCCGAGUGGUCCAAGGGGAUUGAUGGGGAUAUUUGGCGGUGGAACGAGCACUUAGCUAAGAUCCAGUCGAUGCAACUGCUGCAGAUGGCAGCGGGGGGAGCGGGAGAAGGGGGAGGAUUAGGAGGAGGGACGGGGGGAGGUGAUGGCUCUCUGGCCGAGGAGGGCAAGAGCAAUGCUGCUCGGCUCAAGUCGUUGCUUAAGAGCAUUCGAGGCGGGAGCAUGAGGGAGGGGAGGAGCUCCAAGUCGCUCUCAGCACACCUUGGGGAAAUAUCUGAGCUUGCUGGUGGGGCAAGAGGUUUAGCAGAGGGGCUGUUAGGUUCGGCGGGGAGCUUCAACAGUCGGUCCCGGAGCAAGGCAGUUAGCUUCAGCAUGCAGGGGGUGUCUCUCCCGAACCUGCAUCCCGAGGCUAUCGCAGCUCCGGUUCGGAAGUUAGGUUCGUCGGUCCGAACCACUGUUGCGUCUACAGUGGUGUCUACAGUGAACGCUACAACGCAGAUUGCAGACUCGGUAUUUUCGGGGCGAAUGCCGCAACAGCAGAGGGGGGUGGUGGGAACUGGAGGGCAGGGCAAUGUACAGCUAAUUACUGAUGGCAGUUCUGGUGGCAGCAACAGCGAAGGUGCUAGUGGGACGGCAGUCAGCCAUGAAGGGGCUGGGGAAACAAAAAUGAGCAGAACACAGACGAGUGAGGGUGAGCCGGUGGUGCAGAGGAGCGGGGAGAAAGAGAUGCACCUGAUGCACCGCUCCCUGUCUGCGUCUGGCAUCUAAGGCGGUGCCAUGGCGCAAAAACAAAGGGGGGGGGGGGGGGGGGGGGGGGGACUUGGUUAGGGGGAGAGGGGAGGGCUUGCAUGUGAAAUAAAUCGUCUGGUGUUGCAGGAGACUAAGUAUAGAAUCUGCUAACACGAGUACUUAACCAAGGAUCUUUGCUGGAAUGGUAGACUAGUAAGACAGCGGAAGUCUUGUCAGAGUGAACCUGAGCACAUGAACUUGUGGGUAGUCGAAGGUUGAAUAACCUGAGCACAUAAUUCUGUGUUAAGUCAAGGUUAAUAAUAGAAAGGCAUUACA